CCACAAUGGCACCUCAAUUCAUUCUUCUUUCUCUGUUGUUCGGUGGGAUCCUCAGCAGCACCAAAUCUGAAGAUUCAUUUGAACARAYCUCCUUUGAAUAUCAKCCUSAAAAAAAGUUAAAUCUCACAAGAUCAGCCAAAGSACAGUCCUAUCAAGUCAACAACAAGAUGGAAUGUUUCACCAAGUGCACUAAUGUUCACUGGUGCCAAUCGGGAAAUUUCAAGACCACUCCAGAAUCCAAUGGUCUCAAUGUUUGUGAACUUCUACCUUCUGAUCGGUUCACUGAGAAGAACACUUUGAAGGAAAACAAGUCAUACCUACACUUUAACAUUAAGACUCCCUGCCACAUCAAGAACAAGCCAUGCCUUAACGAAGGCAGGUGUGUAUUUAAAAACAGUACGCAUCAAUGUCAAUGUGAAAAUGGGUAUCAUGGAGAGCAAUGUGAUAAAGGUAUAUAG